AUGUCCGCCCCUGCAGGUGAACCGCCUGUACCCCCCAACCAGCCUUCGAACAACGACCGCAAGGAGGAGUCUCCUUCUUCGCCCGGGCAGGCGACCGAGCAGGCUGCCGCCGGCGAAGAUGUCAAGAUGAAGGAGGCGAAGCCGGAGAAGCCGGAGGAGACUUGGGACGACAUCCCGGAACACGUCCUGAAGGGUGAUGCGCAGGAGAUUCGUAUGCAGACGAGGAUGAUCGACAAUGAGGUCAAGAUGCUUCGUGCGGAGAACCUUCGCCUCUCACAUGAGCGUGAGCAGAUGGUCGAGAAGAUCCAGGACAACAUGACGAAGAUCAAGCAGAACAAAGUGCUGCCGUAUCUCGUUUCGAAGGUGGUGGAAAUUCUCGACGUCGACGCCGAGGCUCAGGAGGGAGCGGCGCACAACGAGCAGAACGCGAAGAAGUCCAAGUGUGCCGUCAUCAAGACAUCUACGCGACAGUUGACGCCGGGAGACCUUAUCGGUGUCAACAAGGACUCUUACCUGGUCCUGGACAAGCUCCCCGCGGAGUACGACGCGCGAGUGAAGGCGAUGGAGGUUGACGAGCGACCCACCGAGACGUACACCGACAUUGGUGGUCUGGACAAGCAGAUUGAGGAACUGGUGGAGGCUAUGUAA